CAUUCUGCCAAACGCUGAACUGAAACAGGCCUGUUUGGCUGGCAUAUUUUCUUUGUGCCCGGUUUAGACACGAGUGUAUUUUAAAAUAAUGGCCGCAUUACCGAGGAGAAUUAUUAAGGAAACUCAGCGUCUGAUGGCCGAACCCGUACCGGGGAUUAGUGCAAUACCAGAUGAGAGCAAUGCUAGGUAUUUUCACGUCGUCGUUGCAGGACCUGAAGGGUCUCCAUUUGAAGGCGGUGUUUUCAAGCUAGAGCUUUUUCUCCCUGAAGAAUAUCCAAUGUCUGCUCCCAAGGUACGGUUCAUGACAAAAAUAUACCAUCCAAAUAUUGACAAGCUAGGACGUAUCUGUUUGGAUAUCUUGAAAGACAAGUGGAGUCCGGCACUGCAAAUCCGAACGGUGCUCCUCUCAAUUCAGGCUCUGCUCAGUGCUCCAAAUCCCGACGACCCUUUAGCAAAUGACGUAGCUGAGCAGUGGAAGGUGAACGAAGCAGAAGCCAUCAGGACAGCACGAGAAUGGACUAGACUAUAUGCCAUGAAUGCCUGAGAAGAAAAACAAGGCGGUUUGGAGUGUGUUUUCAGCGGCUAAUGUGAAGUAUCGCUACGACCACCAUGACUGUCACCGCCAACAAACUGGGAAAAUGUGGUGAUACCAGCAGGACUACGUUGGUAGAAUGUCCAAAAGUGUACAUUACUAUAAUAAUAACGUCAUUGACUUUCUUUUUGCACUCGUGCACUAGACACAGAGCCUUGUACAUACCUGCCAUUUUUGUCCCGAUGAUUUGGUUGUUGCCACCAAACUGCCUGAGGCUGUCACUAGGAUAUUACUGUAUUGGUCUUGUACAGAUUUCCAAUAAAUUUUUAUUGUUUCUUUUUGAGAAGCAUAAUGGCACUGCA